GGGAAGCGCAUCUGAGGCGCGUUCACGUCUCCACACACAUACACACACACGCGCAGGCUACAGCAACACACGGGGAGCAUCCCUGAACGGAGGGAGCGCUCUUUUCGGGUUGACAGUCUGGAAGAAUCACUGUCUUACAUAUUGUCACGUUUCAUAACAGACUGUGUGUGACGCCGCAGAAUGAUCCCGGGCCCUGCCGAGCCUUGUGGAUUCUGAGGCCCCGCACAGAGAUCCACCUUGCACCGGCAAAAAAAAGAGGACUCUGACUGACCGCGUCGCCUCCAGCAGCAGCAGCAGCAGCAGGCAGCCCGAGUCAGAAUGUCAAGUAGCCCUGAAGGAAGCCUCUCCAGGGGCGGCGGCUCCGACCGUGACUUGAAAAUGGCCUCUUCGAACAGCACGUCCCCUGAGGGUGGACCUCCACCACCGCUGCACCAGAACCGUAUACGGCAGUCUGACAGCAACACCAGUUUCCUGCGGGCUGCCAGAGCGGGAAACAUUGACAAAGUCCUGGACUUCCUGAAAAAUGGAGUAGACAUCAGCACCUGUAACCAGAAUGGUUUGAACGCACUACAUCUGGCAGCAAAGGAGGGACACAAGGAUUUAGUGGAGGAGCUGUUGGAGAGGGGAGCACCUGUUGACUCAGCAACCAAGAAAGGAAACACUGCCCUCCAUAUUGCCUCACUGGCUGGACAAAAAGAAGUAGUCAGACUACUGGUGAAGAGAGGAGCAGAUGUCAACUCUCAGUCACAGAAUGGCUUUACUCCACUCUACAUGGCAGCCCAAGAGAAUCACUUGGAGGUGGUGCGAUAUAUGUUGGAAAAUGAUGGGAACCAAAGCAUUGCAACAGAGGAUGGCUUCACUCCGCUGGCCAUCGCUCUCCAGCAGGGCCACAACUCAGUGGUCUCCCUGCUGCUGGAGCACGACACCAAGGGUAAGGUCCGCCUCCCGGCCCUGCACAUCGCAGCCCGCAAAGACGACACGAAGUCUGCUGCACUACUGCUCCAGAACGACCACAACGCUGACGUCCAGUCUAAGAUGAUGGUCAAUAGAACCACAGAGAGUGGGUUUACCCCUCUGCACAUCGCAGCUCACUAUGGUAACGUGAAUGUCUCCACCCUGUUGCUGAACAGAGGAGCUGCUGUGGACUUCACAGCCAGGAAUGGGAUAACGCCUCUCCAUGUGGCGUCCAAGAGAGGCAACACUAACAUGGUGGCCCUGCUGUUGGACCGUGGGGCUCAGAUAGAUGCUAAAACCAGGGAUGGGCUGACCCCCCUGCACUGUGCAGCCAGGAGUGGACAUGACCCAGCAGUGGAAAUUCUGCUGGAGAGAGGAGCUCCCAUCUUAGCCAGAACUAAGAACGGACUCUCGCCUCUGCACAUGUCUGCCCAGGGAGACCACAUAGAGUGUGUUAAACUCCUGCUGCAGCACAAGGCGCCUGUUGAUGAUGUCACACUGGACUACCUCACAGCGCUGCACGUCGCAGCUCACUGCGGCCACUACAGAGUCACCAAGCUUCUGCUGGACAAGAAGGCCAAUCCCAAUGCUAGAGCACUGAAUGGUUUCACUCCUCUCCAUAUCGCUUGUAAGAAGAACAGGGUGAAGGUGAUGGAACUGUUGGUCAAAUACGGAGCCUCCAUUCAGGCCAUCACUGAGUCUGGCCUGACUCCCAUCCAUGUAGCUGCCUUCAUGGGCCACCUCAACAUUGUUUUACUUCUGCUACAAAACGGAGCAUCUCCUGACGUCCGUAACAUUCGUGGUGAGACAGCUCUCCACAUGGCAGCACGAGCAGGUCAAAUGGAAGUGGUUCGCUGCUUGCUGAGGAACGGAGCGUUGGUGGAUGCCAUAGCCAGGGAGGACCAAACUCCCCUCCACAUAUCAUCCCGUUUGGGGAAAACUGACAUAGUCCAGUUGCUGCUGCAGCACAUGGCACAUCCAGAUGCCGCCACCACCAACGGCUACACUCCCCUCCACAUUUCCGCCAGGGAGGGCCAGGUAGAAACUGCUGCGGUGCUGCUAGAGGCUGGAGCUUCACACUCACUGGCCACGAAGAAAGGAUUCACUCCACUACAUGUAGCAGCUAAGUAUGGAAGCCUCGAUGUAGCAAAACUUCUCCUUCAACGCAAAGCUCUUCCUGAUGAUGCUGGCAAGAAUGGCUUGACUCCGCUACAUGUGGCAGCUCAUUAUGACAACCAAGAAGUAGCUCUGCUUCUGCUGGAUAAAGGAGCAUCGCCUCAUGCUACGGCAAAGAAUGGCUACACUCCUCUCCACAUCGCAGCCAAAAAGAAUCAGACGAACAUCGCAUUAGCGCUGCUGCAGUAUGGAGCAGAGACCAAUGUCCUGACCAAGCAGGGAGUCAGCCCUCUACACCUGGCAGCCCAGGAAGGACACGCUGAGAUGGCCAGCCUGCUGCUGGUCAAAGGAGCUCACGUCAACACAGCCACCAAGACCGGACUGACACCACUGCAUCUCGCAGCCCAAGAGGACAGGGUCAGUGCAGCAGAAAUACUCACCAAACAUGAUGCCAACUUGGAUCAGCAAACUAAGCUCGGAUAUACCCCUCUAAUAGUGGCCUGUCACUAUGGAAAUGCCAAGAUGGUGAACUUCCUGUUACAGCAAGGUGCUAGCGUCAAUGCCAAAACAAAGAAUGGAUACACACCACUUCACCAGGCAGCACAACAAGGGAACACACACAUUAUUAAUGUGUUGCUACAACAUGGAGCCAAGCCCAAUGCUACUACAGUGAAUGGAAACACUGCUCUGUCCAUUGCCAGACGUCUGGGUUACAUCUCUGUCGUAGACACAUUAAAAGUCGUCACUGAGGAGGUCAUCACUACCACAACGACGGUCACAGAGAAACACAAGCUUAAUGUUCCUGAGACCAUGACUGAGAUCCUUGAUGUGUCUGAUGAAGAAGGUGAGGACACAAUGACAGGUGACGGAGGAGAGUAUCUGAGAGCAGAGGAUCUAAGAGAGCUGGGAGAUGACUCUCUGCCAGGACACUACCUGGACGGGUUCAGCUACAUGAGCCACAACCUGGACAGGCCACAGCACACUCCCAUUCACCAAAGUUACCAUCAGAGAGAGGGAGUUCUCAUCGAAGACAUGCUUACAAGCCACCAGGUGUCGGCACUGUCUAGAGAGCACGACAAGGACUCAUUCCGUCUGAGCUGGGGUGCUGAGCACCUUGAUAAUGUCGUGCUGUCCUCCAGUCUGCUUCACUCUGGCCGUUCCUCUCCGUGCCUAGACCAUGACAACAGCAGCUUCCUGGUUAGCUUCAUGGUAGAUGCCAGGGGCGGGGCCAUGCGUGGCUGCCGUCACAACGGCCUGCGAAUCAUUGUGCCACCAAGAAAGUGUUCUGCACCCACACGGGUGACAUGCAGGCUGGUGAAGAGACACCGUCUGGCCUCUAUGCCUCCUAUGGUGGAAGGUGAGGGGCUGGCUGGUCGCAUCAUUGAAGUGGGACCCACUGGAGCCCAGUUCUUGGGUAAGCUCCACCUUCCCACAGCUCCGCCCCCUCUAAAUGAGGGUGAGAGCCUGGUCAGUCGCAUCCUGCAGCUGGGUCCUCCAGGAACCAAGUUCCUCGGGCCUGUGAUUGUGGAGAUUCCCCAUUUUGCAGCCCUGCGGGGAACAGAAAGAGAGCUAGUGAUCUUAAGGAGUGAGACGGGGGAGAGCUGGAGGGAACACCACUGUGACUUCACUGAAGAGGAAUUGAACCAGAUACUGAAUGGCAUGGAUGAAAAACUUGAUUCCCCUGAGGAGCUUGAAAAGAAAAGAAUAUGCCGUAUCAUCACCCGAGACUUCCCACAAUAUUUUGCGGUGGUGUCACGGAUAAAGCAGGACAGUCAUUUGAUUGGACCAGAGGGCGGGGUCCUCAGUAGCACUCUUGUUCCCCAGGUCCAGGCUGUCUUCCCCGAAGGAGCACUCACCAAGAAGAUCAGAGUUGGGCUUCAGGCUCAGCCCAUUGAUGUUGAGGUGGUAAAAAAGAUUCUUGGUAACAAGGCCACAUUCAGCGCAAUCGUCACACUGGAGCCAAGACGGAGGAAGUUCCACAAACCAAUCACCAUGACGAUCCCUAUUCCCAAGAGCUCAAAUAGUGACGCAUCAAGUGGAGUGUACAGUGGGGAGACACCCACCUUACGUUUGCUUUGCAGCAUUACAGGUGGAACCACUCCUGCCCAGUGGGAGGACAUCACUGGCUCCACGCCUCUCACAUUUGUUAACCAAUGUGUUUCUUUCACCACAAAUGUGUCAGCGAGGUUCUGGCUGAUUGACUGCAGACAGACCCAGGAGUCUGUUAGUUUUGGCUCUCAGCUGUACAGAGAAAUCAUUUGUGUUCCAUACAUGGCCAAGUUUGUGAUUUUUGCAAAGACGCUGGACCCCAUUGAGGCCCGCUUGCGCUGUUUCUGCAUGACGGACGACAAGAUGGACAAGACACUAGAGCAGCAAGAGAACUUCACUGAAGUUGCCCGUAGCCGAGAUGUUGAGGUGCUGGAGGGAAAACCCAUAUUUGCUGACUGCUUUGGAAACCUGGUGCCUCUUACCAAGAGUGGACAGCACCAUGUGUUCAGCUUUUAUGCCUUCAAAGAGAACAGACUGGCCCUCUUCAUCAAGAUCAGAGACACAGCACAGGAGCCAUGUGGUCGCUUGUCCUUCACCAAGGAACCACGCACGUAUCGUACUCUUAACCACAACGCCAUCUGCAACCUUAACAUCACUCUCCCAACAUAUUCAAAGGAGUCUGAUUCAGACCAAGAUGCAGAUGAUGAGAGUGAGAGGAGUGACAAGAAAUUGGAUUGGCAGGAUGAUGCUGACAGGAAAGAAGAGACAUUAGCAAUCGUUGCAGAUCUUCUUGGCUUUAGCUGGACUGAACUGGCAAGAGAACUGGAAUUCAGUGAGGAUGAUAUCCAGUUAGUGAGAUCAGAGAAUCCUAAUUCCCUCCAAGAGCAGAGCCAUGCCUUGCUGCAGCGCUGGGUUGAGCGGGAAGGCAAACAUGCCACAGAGGACUGUCUGAUUAAGAGACUAACCAAGAUCAACCGCAUGGACAUCGUCCAUCUUAUUGAAACCCAGAUGAACAAGUCAGUUCAGGAGCAAACAUCCAGAACUUAUGCAGAAAUAGAGAAGACACUGGAUCACAGUGAAGUGUCAGUAGCCCUAUCUUCAGUGCAAGAGGAUGCAGACAGCCCCAGAGUUGUGAGAAGGGUGGAGUCAGAUCGCAGACCACCCCCAGCUGUUUCUGAAGAAGAUCUCUCAGUUGCUUCCCUACUGGAUAUUCCUUCAUGGGCAGAGCCUGUUGGACACACUCACUCCGAGAGCAUGCAUGGUGACCUGCUGGAAGAGCUUGAGAUCCCACAUGAAUUGAACCCUAACCUGUGGACCUCUGAGGAUGUAAUUACACAAGAACCUACAAGUUAUGACAACUCUGAUGAGCAAGUAAGUACGCUUCCCACUUCAAAAGAAGCAGCACUGGGAAGCCAAGCAGCCCAGGUUUAUGAUCCCAAAGUGAAAGACCAGCAAGAUUGCUGCAGUGUUGAAGUUCAUUUCAUCAGACCUUUCCAAAGUGGCACUCAGUGCCAAGACAAAGAUGACUCCAGCCAAACCUUACCAUUGAAGCAGUGUGAUUGUGAAGAUGAGCAAGGGCAAUCACCUGAAAUUCUGAAGUUACCAUCAUCUGUAUCUAUCAGAGACUUUGGUUUGAGCCUGUCAGAGUCAGACCAAGCUGAAAUUGACUUCAGUGAGCUUUGUGGUGAGUUUAGCUAUACGCCACACCAUACAGAUGCAGCUAAAACCAUUUUCAGAAGAAAAUCUGACCCUAGCCUGGUAGCUUUGCUGCCUGCGGAUCACCAAGCAACCCUGGCUGUGACUGAAGAUGACACAAAAAUAGCUCAAAAAAACAGGUGCUCUCAGAAGUUAACUGAUGAGAUAACAGCCCAGUUCUUCAAAGUACUGCCUGGUCAUGACAAGAUCCCACAGGUUUCAGGUGUGGAUAUGGGCUUCAAACCCUUCAAGUCAAGCAAGGAAGAAAACAUGAAACCCCAGGGGUACAGUUAUGGGUAUCCAGAAAACAUGCCCUUCAUUGAUGAUUCAAUUGAACCUAUUAUUCCUACAGCUAAGUACAGCAUGGUGAAACCAUUCAAAAUGAAGGGCAAUGUCACCUGA